AUUGCCCCCAACAAACAUGGCGGACGCAUUCGGAGAUGGGUUGUUCAGCGUGUUCGAUGAAGAUCAACCAGCUACUACAAGCAAGAAGACGCUUCCGUCCACUGCCACGGAAACGGGGAAGGUUCUGGGUAAGAAUGGAACCGAGAAGGACGCAGGCCCGUCUGCUGCGGUCAAGAGGGACGCAGACAGCGACGGAGGAGAGGAGGUGGUGUUUGGGAAGAAGCCUCGCCUGGAGGCGGCGUCGGCCAGCGACCUGAACCUUUCAGAGUUCAUGCCUCAGGUGAAGGUGGAGCAGGUGGAGACGGUGGAGGGGUGCUCUCACGAGGUUGCUCUGCCUUCCAGCGAUGAAUACAAACCGCUGAAAGCUCGAGUGGGGAAAGCAGCCAAGGAGUAUCCGUUUGUCCUGGACCCCUUCCAGCGUGAAGCCAUCCUGUGCAUCGACAACAACCAGUCGGUGCUGGUGUCUGCUCACACCUCUGCUGGGAAAACCGUGUGCGCCGAGUACGCCAUCGCGCUGGCUCUCCGGGAGAAGCAGAGGGUGAUCUUCACCAGCCCCAUCAAGGCGCUGUCCAACCAGAAGUACCGGGAGAUGUACGAGGAGUUCCAGGACGUGGGCCUGAUGACCGGAGACGUCACCAUCAACCCCACGGCGUCCUGCCUGGUCAUGACCACGGAGAUUUUGAGGAGCAUGCUGUACCGGGGCUCGGAGAUCAUGAGGGAGGUGGCGUGGGUCGUGUUUGACGAGAUCCACUACAUGAGGGAUGCAGAGCGAGGCGUGGUGUGGGAGGAGACCAUCAUCCUCCUUCCUGAUAACGUGCAUUACGUCUUCCUGUCCGCCACCAUUCCCAACGCCAGACAGUUCGCAGAGUGGAUCUGCCACCUACACAAGCAGCCCUGCCACGUGGUCUACACAGACUACCGGCCCACUCCUCUGCAGCACUACAUCUUCCCAGCAGGGGGCGACGGACUCCACCUGGUGGUUGAUGAGAACGGAGACUUCAGGGAGGACAACUUCAACACGGCCAUGCAGGUCCUCAGAGACGCCGGGGAUUCUGGGAGCAGCGGCGGCAAGUGGGACCCGAGAGGCCGGAAAGGGGGAACCAAAGGCCCUAACAGUGUGUUCAAGAUCGUGAAGAUGAUCAUGGAGCGGAACUUCCAGCCCGUCAUCAUCUUCAGCUUCAGUAAGAAGGAGUGUGAGGCGUACGCCCUGCAGGUGGCCAAGCUGGACUUCAACGGAGACGACGAAGAAGCGCCUUGGUGGAGGACGGUCUUCAACAACGCUGUGGACUGUCUGUCGGGAGACAAGAAGCUUCCCCAGGUGGAGCACGUCCUGCCGCUGCUGAAGAGAGGGAUCGGAAUCCAUCAUGGAGGCCUGCUGCCCAUCCUGAAGGAGACCAUCGAGAUCCUGUUCUCUGAAGGGCUCCUCAAGGCUCUGUUCGCCACCGACUUCGCCAUGGGAAUCAACAUGCCUGCUAGAACCGUGCUCUUCACCAGCGCACGCAAGUUCGAUGGCAAGAACCACCGCUUCAUCACCUCGGGUGAAUACAUCCAGAUGUCCGGCCGAGCUGGCAGGAGAGGGAUGGACGACCGAGGAAUCGUCAUUUUCAUGGUGGACGAGAAGAUGAGUCCAGCGGUGGGGAAGCAGCUGCUCAAGGGCUCUGCAGACCCUCUGAACAGCGCCUUCCACCUGACCUACAACAUGGUGCUCAACCUGCUGCGGGUGGAGGAGAUCAACCCCGAGUACAUGCUGGAGAAGUCCUUCUACCAGUUCCAGCACUACAGGGCUCUGCCCGGCGUGGUGGACAGGAUCAAGCGGCUGGAGGAGCAGUACCACGCCAUCGAGAUCCCCAACGAGGAGAGUGUGGUCACCUACUUCAAGAUCCGCCAGCAGCUGGCCAAGCUGGGCCGCGAGAUCCAGGACUUCAUCCACAAGCCCAAGUACUGCCUGCCCUUCCUGCAGCCGGGACGCCUCGUCAAGGUGAAGAGUGAAGACGCCGACUUCGGCUGGGGGGUUGUUGUAAACUUCUGUAAGAAAGCCAACGUGAAGGCGGCGUGGGACUCGGACCCGCUGUACGUGGUGGAGGUGCUGGUCCACUGCAGCAAGGACAGCGUGAAGGACUCAGCGACGGAGGCCGCCAGACCGGCCGGGCCGGGGGAGACCGGGGAGAUGCAGGUGGUCCCGAUCAUGCUCCACCUCCUCGCCGCCAUCAGCUCCGUCCGCCUCUACAUCCCCAAAGACCUGCGGCCCUUCGACAACCGCCAGCUGAUGCUGAAGUCCAUCCUGGAGGUCCAGAAGCGCUUCCCGGACGGCGUCCCCCUGCUGGACCCCACCGAUGAUAUGGGCAUCAAGGACCCCGCCCUGAAGAGGGUCAUCCAGAGGGUGGAGGCCUUCGAGCACCGCAUGUACUCCCACCCGCUGCACAGCGACCCCCAGCUGGAGGCCGUCUACUCGCUCUGCGAGAGGAAGGCUGUGAUUGCAGCGGACGUGCGCACGGCCAAGCGGGAGCUGAAGCAGGCCCGCACCGUCCUGCAGAUGGACAAGCUGAAGUGCAGGAAGCGAGUCCUGAGGAGGCUGGGCUUCGCCAGCCCGUCCGACGUCAUUGAGAUGAAGGGGAGGGUGGCCUGCGAGAUCAGCAGCGCUGACGAGCUCCUCCUCACUGAGAUGGUGUUCAACGGGCUGUUCAACGACCUGUCGGUGGAGCAGGCCACCGCCCUGCUGUCCUGCUUCGUCUUCCAGGAGAACGCCAGCGAGAUGCCGAAGCUGACGGAGCAGCUGGCCGCCCCGCUCCGGCAGAUGCAGGAGUGCGCCAAACGCAUCGCCAAGGUGUCGGCGGACGCCAAGCUGGAGGUGGACGAGGAGACGUACCUGGGCCAGUUCAAACCCCACCUGAUGGACGUGGUGUUCGCCUGGGCCAACGGCGCCACCUUCGCCCAGAUCUGCAAGAUGACGGACGUCUUCGAAGGGGGCAUCAUCCGCUGCAUGCGCCGGCUGGAGGAGGUUCUGCGUCAGAUGUGUUCUGCAGCCAAAGCCAUCGGGAACACGGAGCUGGAGAACAAGUUCGCUGAAGGGAUCACCAAGAUCAAGAGAGACAUCGUGUUUGCCGCCAGUCUCUACCUCUGAUCGGACCCAGUCAACGUCACGGACAUCAAACGAUCAAGCUUUAUUUAAGUUUCAUUACAAACAGCUGGAUGUGACAUGCUCAGUAUUUGACGUCUUUAUGUUUCUGACUAAAUGGCUUCUUUCUCCUUGUUUUACACUCUUGUACAUAUUUGUAACGUUUUUUCAAUAAAUGUCUGUAUGCUGAUUGAUUUCCAUACAGAUGAUAGAAAAGCUAUGGUUUUGUCUGCACUCUGUAACAUGGGGGGGGGGGGGGGGGGGGGUAGCAGCAGCAGUCCAGCAAGGCAACUCGGGGCGUGGCGUCCGUCCCUCUGGAGGCCGGAGGCCAGAGAAAAGCACUGAGCAGGUUUACAUUCACAGGUGUGUCAGUCCUCGGGCGUCCCGGCAGUGGUGGGACCCUCUGGGGGGGGGGGGGAGCGGUCAUGUGACCCGUCCGUCCGGAGGCCGUCAGUCUACACAGGUUUGGUUGCUCUCAGGUCACGGGACGGGUCGGCAGAUUGACCUGGAACAGGCGGGGAGGGGGGGGGGGCUUCAGGCUGCCUGGA